GGCCGCGUCCCUGUCUGUCCGGCGCGGCUCCUCGGCCGGAGCCAUGACCUCGCUGACCCAGCGGAGCUCGGGCCUGGUGCAGCGGCGCACCGAGGCCUCACGGAACGCCGCCGACAAGGAGCGGGCGGCGGGAGGCGGCGGCGGCAGCGGCGAGGACGAGGCGCAGAGCCGCCGCGACGAGCAGGACGACGACGACAAGGGCGACUCCAAGGAAACGCGGCUGACCCUGAUGGAGGAGGUGCUCCUGCUGGGCCUCAAGGACCGAGAGGGUUAUACAUCAUUUUGGAAUGACUGCAUAUCAUCUGGAUUACGUGGCUGUAUGUUAAUUGAGCUAGCCUUGAGAGGAAGGUUACAAUUAGAGGCUUGUGGAAUGAGAAGAAAAAGCCUUUUAACAAGAAAGGUGAUCUGUAAAUCGGAUGCUCCAACAGGGGAUGUUCUUCUUGAUGAAGCUCUAAAGCAUGUUAAGGAGACUCAGCCUCCAGAGACAGUCCAGAACUGGAUUGAGUUACUUAGUGGUGAGACAUGGAAUCCAUUAAAAUUGCAUUAUCAGUUAAGAAAUGUACGGGAACGAUUAGCCAAAAACCUGGUAGAAAAGGGUGUGCUGACCACAGAGAAACAGAACUUCCUCCUGUUUGACAUGACGACACAUCCUCUCACCAAUAACAACAUUAAGCAGCGCCUCAUCAAAAAGGUACAAGAAGCUGUUCUUGACAAAUGGGUAAAUGACCCUCACCGAAUGGACAAGCGCUUGCUGGCCCUCAUUUACCUAGCCCAUGCCUCGGAUGUUUUGGAGAAUGCUUUUGCUCCUCUUCUGGACGAGCAGUAUGAUUUAGCCACCAAGAGAGUCCGGCAGCUUCUCGACUUAGACCCAGAAGUGGAGUGUCUGAAGGCCAACACCAAUGAAGUGCUAUGGGCUGUUGUAGCUGCAUUUACCAAGUAACUGUCAAAUGGAAGGUUUCCUUUUUCUCAUGUGAACGAGUAGCUUUUUCUUCUAUUGACUUCUGGUUUUCUGCAGUUUGUACUUUCCCACGCUAAUAAUUUGCUUUUGUUCUACAAAAUGGUGGGUGGCUAUUUCUUUUUGUAUGUACGCAGGAUUCUGCUGGUACGAGAGGCCUUCCUCUUUCUGUUUUAACCAACCUCACUGCCACAUUGGCACUCCACUCCCUGUUGCCAUUCUCACUGUCCCCUGUUGUGGGUUUCCGGUGUACUUUGACUUUCAGAGUAGCUCCAGCCACCCCAUGCACAGCUUCUGGAUUACCUCAGAUCGAGUUUUCCCACAUGUGCAUACUCACCUGGUGUUCCGCCUACAGUUCUGACAAGUCACAACAAGGCCUUCAACUCACCAAAGGUAAACAUCUGUAUCUCUUAGGACAUUUUAUACAUAGACCUCAGUUGAGAUGUAUACUUAGCAAAAUUAUUUUUAAAUUGAAACAGCACAGUAAAUACAUAAUAUAAAAUGCCCCCUGGAUUUUGCUUCCUAUGUAAAUCUAUUGUAUGAUUACAGCUGAUAUAAUUUUAGCUAUUAAAAUCAUAAAGGUCCAAUUGUUUCACAAAGCCGUUUGGGAUGGGCUGCAUUCCACUGAUAACUGUAUAUAGUUUGAAUUAUAUAU